AUGGGGGACGGACAGAUUGUUUAUUUCGGAGCAUUUGGUGUUGCACCGCCAGCUUCAUUUCACCGAAAGUGGGAUGAUGGAACCUACAAAACCGUAAGAGAAUUAUUUAUAGAAGCAAAAUCUGAAAUUAAUUCCAUCCAGUUUGUCUAUGAUACGGAAGGAGAUGCAGUGGUGGGAAAAAAGUAUGGUGAUGGUGGGGGAAAACCAUAUCAGGUGAAAUUAGAUUAUCCUACCGAAUAUCUUGUUUCAAUAUCAGGUACUAUGGGGGCCACUCCAUAUCUAAACAAGCUAUUGCUAUUGUUGGAUUUUGGUGGGCAUGUUGGUUGUGUGGAUGCGAUUGGAGUAUAUGUUAAGCCAUUAAAAGUUGUAGUAACUGUUGGUCCAUUUGGAACUACUGGUGGACAACAGUGGGAUGAUGGAACCUACAGCACG